AUAGACACACUGGGACAGAAAUAGACACAGUGGGAGAAAUCUGUUCUGUAACAGAACUCUGUGUUGACUUACUAGUGCAGCAGGGACUUCUUGUCCAGAUGUCCUACCUACCACACCAGGAGGAACCUUACUGCCCACUUCCCUGAGCAUAACGUGCUACAUACCCGCUUGGAAAAAGGCGGGCUAGGUAUGUCCCUUCUUCCUCUCAUUCUGGAUGCAAGUCAGCAACGCCCAAGAUAAAGGAGGACGCGAUCGUGUUCAUAAUCACGGAGAAUGAUUUUGCUCCUCGGGUAUUCACCUGAAGCCUCGAACGAGUUGAUGAAGUCAUGGAAGAAGGCGAUCCUAUUCAACUUGUUCGGGCGUAUGUACGAGAAUCGGAAUUCUUGGCGAGUGGCUGGUAUUCUCCCAUAAGAGCGUGAAAUCUAGUAACGUGCAGCUUGUCAUGGAACUUCCAAUCUACAACUGAAGCGCCUUGCUGAGGAAAACCGCGAGAUACUCUACAAUGGUUGAGUUGUUGCGGCGGCGUUUGAUGAGAUGAACUGCGAAGAUCGAGAAUUGCACUUGAGCUGCUUCAUUAUCCUUGUCUGCUGGUGCCUGCCCUGAUUUUAAAAGGAACCCGCCAUGCUGACGUUACCGAACGAGAAGCCGAAAUACAUCCUUCAAAAUGGCCAUUGCGGUUCCACCGAGCUUUGUUUGGCGUCAUGGUCCUCCGUGUCCAUUUUCAUGCCGAUCAUCAUCCUUUUUGUGACUCUUGAGGAAUCGGAAGCACCGAAGCAGCCAUUGGCAGAGAAACGCAGGGGUUUUACAAGAAAUCUGGGAACCCCAAUGUCGAAGGUGACGCACCUCACCAGCGUUGCGUGUAAAGCUGUACAGUACUCCAGUGAUGGAUUGUAUGACCGCGGGUUGAUCACGGGAGCGACGGAUCCUGGAAGAAAAGUCAAUUGGUCUUCAUUCCAAGCCGCAAUUUUCAAAAGAGAAUCCGUGGGGAGGUUCGACUUUUGUCUUGGUGGACGAGAUGCCGACUCAGAUUUGAUCCUUCCGCCGAGCUUCGAUGCAGAUUAUUCUGAUGGUGUCGAAUGGGAGAGCCGCAACAAGAAACCAGGCCUUAGGAUGUAUGCUGAUGAAUUAAUACCAAUUUUCAUCCUCUAAUAGUUGCUACAACUUUUGAAUUAAAAUGUUGGUGUAGUAAUAAAGACAAUUUUCUGGAAUAAACUCAGUCUCUUAACUACAGUACCUUAAAACCCAAUUUGCUCCAUGAAAUAUUUUUAUGGGAUUAGUUAAGAUCAUCAUUCAUUACAAUUUCAAGUCC